AUGACUACUACUGCAUUGAUUGCCAAGCAGUAUAUAGAGUGGCUGUGGCAAUCUAAUGCGCUUCCGUUCUGUCUUGCAGAACCUGCUGAAUGGCAAAAAUACACCGAUGUAGAAACUGAAAUCAUCGAAGAAGCAUUCCAACAAGGCUUGCCAGAAGCUCUUCUCGACGACUAUCAUAUCGUUUUUGCACGUUCUAUGCAAAUCUCUAAUAAUGACGAAAAGAAACAACGGCCAGUGAAACGUGUAGUUGAUCGUAACAAGGAUGAACGAGAGAAACGAGUAAGAGCGGAACGUUUCUUGGAAGAUUCAAUUUUACCUUCGAACAGUUUCAUAAACUGGCAAAUUGAACCAACAACUCCUGAUUUUGUUCAAGAAGCUUGUUCUCAUUACGGCGUUCGUUGGGAGAAAGGUAUCACUUGUCAGUCAGUGCUUGAGAUGUGGAUAGAAAAGGCAGCGGAAGGAUUUAUAAUCGAGGCGAAAAAGGUGGGGAAGCAACGAGAAGGUGAAUGGAUGGCCAAACGGCUUCUCGAACAGAAAAAUGGAAGCAAACAACAGGUAGAACAAUUAUGUGUGAAGCUCUAUUGUAUGGGCUCUUUCUUGUAUCGUAAAUUAAAUGAGACGAUGCGUUUGCAAGGCGAUUUCGCUUUCGAAACUCUAUGGAAAAGCAGAGUUCCCACAUUGGGUCCAUUUGCUGUACUAUUGAAUUCAGCUAUGAAUUUUACUCCCACUAAUAUGAUAGUAUAUCGAGGAGCAACGAUGACUAACGAACAAAUUGAACAAUUUCGACUAUGCGUUGUCUCUGAAAGAAAAAUUCAAUUACCGGCGUUUACCUCAACGACUCUUAAUCCGAGCGUGGCCGAAUUCUUUGGCAGCAACGUUCUUUUUGUCAUUGACCUCGAAAAAGAUACCGGCUCUCUGGAUAUGUCUCCAUAUUCAAAUUAUCCGGAUGAACAAGAACUUUUGAUUUUCGAUGGUUUUCCUGCUAAGGUAACAUCGUGCCACUUCGAUGAAAUCGCAAACAAAUGGAUAAUUAAACUCUGGGGUUUACGCUGCUCAGAUCUCUAA